AUGGCCCCCGAAAUCGGCAACCCUGUCUUUUUCACACCCCCAGAGACAACGACAACAACAGCAGAUACCACCAGGGAAUCCUCGCCAUCGCAACCCCUCCCCACCGUCUCGUCGUCAUCAUCUCCCUCUAUCUACCACCAUAGUCUCAUCACCGAUGACUUUGACGCUCUGAAAUUCCACGCCGCUGCCGCUUUGCAACUGCAACUGCGCAAUCCCAAUGCCGAUGCCGAUGUCAAGCCUACUCACCCGCAACUCGCCCUCCCCUCGAGCACCCACCUCAUCGCCUCCCCCUACAACUCCCCACCCCACCUCCUCGACCUCACGACGCUGGACACAGCAAACCGACUCCUCGCGCAGGCAUUGACGAUCUUGAAACCCGUGCGCGACGACUACGCGACCGCGGCGUACGAGGAGUCGCUGAACUGGCCGGCGGUGUUUUCAUUCCUGCGUGACCUGGUGGCUGCGGAGGGAGGUGGGUUCGAGUGGACGAAGACGCAUUUCUACGUCGUGGUCUUCCGGUCCCGGUUGCAAGAUGGGAUCGAUAAUCAGCGCUUGCAUGAUCUGGAUGCCUACUCGCAUCAGGAGGCUACUGUUAGCGGAGGGUUGUUGAAGUAUUGGUUCGGGUCGAAGGAUGCGGAGAGGAGGAAUUUGGCGACUUGUCUUUGGCGCAGUCGACAAGAUGCACGAGCAGGGGGUACUGGUCCUUGGCAUAAGAAGGCACGCGGGGCAGCUCGGGAGAUGUACGAGCAAAUCACCUUCACGACGUUGAAAUUGGAGGUUGGCGAUGGGGUGAAGUCGUGGGGGUUUGCGGAUUGGACGGAGGAGGAUGAGUAA